AAGAGGAAAUACAAUGGCAUAGUGGUCACUCGGGUUGCAGGUAGUGCAACCAGCAUUCCUUUGGUUCUAACACUUGUUUAACGGUUUUACUAUCAGUUAAUUCAUAUUUUAACUUUUACAGUAUUGCGAUCAUGGGAAUUUUUCAUUCCGAAACAAAACACCGGGAAAGAAAAAACAUCGAUCACAAAACAUAGAUGUUAAUAAAACAUGGGUGUCAAUACAUCGAUGUUUUGAAGACAUAGAUGUCACAUUCCUAGUUGAAAAAUGACAUUGGAAAAAAAAAAAAAUCUUCCGAAGGUACCGGAACGGUUUGGAGGUUUAGCGACGAACCCGGAAAUCUGCAAAAAAAUUAUGUAUUUACGAACUUAAUUCUACAUUAUUUAGCCAUGUAUUACAAUCAUUUUCUUCAAGUUUGUGGAAAAUAUUUCCAGUGUUGAGGUUCAGCAACGGCACAUUUUUUUAAAGCAUUUUCUGAACUUGUGGUCCUUUCUGCGGGGACACAGAUGGUCUUGUUCUUUUUCUAUUUUUAUUUCUAGGACUAAGUCACCAUUCGCCAUGUUUCUCCGAAUGCACAUCCUCUCCAUCGACACAUAUUAAAAUAAAAUUACGCACGGCGACUGGAAUUGUUUUUUAACCAUUGAUAAACUGGAAGACGAAACCAUAGACUAAGAAGGAACUAUUCAAAGGAAAGUAACUGAAAUCAAGCCUGAUGAGCCCCAUUACUCUAUGACGAAACUAUUACUUACAGAUAAGAAAUCUUCUGAUAAUAAAAGUUCUAUACUAUGAAGCAGUAACUCUUUACCUAAACAAAGAUAGAGGAAAAACUACGCUGGAGUUAGUCCACCUUGAUUCGUUACUUCGUUAAUUAAAUAGUAACGGAUUUGUUUUUGUAAGUAGUUUUUUAAUGAAUUGGUGCCCGUGCCGAAUGCAACUAGCAAUAAUGUCAAUCAUUCCAAUGUUUUACGUGUACGAUAUCAUGUAUAAUCGUUUUAGUUGGACAGGAUCAUGACUGAUCAUAAUAUUUUCUGGGAAAGGUGCUUUUGAACAGAGUAGUAGAGAGCUUUUGAACGCAACCAACACAACCGAUUAACAAAUGACUGCUCUGUUGCGUGCUGGGCGCUGGCGGAAAAAACGCUCGUUUUUAUUGGCUACUUGAACUCCAUUAGCCGGACCACGCGGGAACGAACUGUCUACUUCCCAAUUCACGUCUUCAGUUUUAAAAUGCUGAGUUAAUCGCGUACUGGAAGUUGUUGAUGUUGUAAACACUGGACCAAUUGCUUUAAUUUACUGCAACAUCAUUAUUUUUGCGCAUUUCCUGUGCAAUGUUUUCCAUAGAGUUGUGAACGCCAUCAAGCACGUUCCAAGCGUUAAAUAACAUAAUUGUGAAGCCUACGAUUCUGUUUUCUACGUACAAUGGAAUGGUCAAAUGAAGAUGUUCUUCUGUUGGUGGAUUUGGUGCGUCGAAGACCUUGUUUGUAUGACAAGGAAUGUGAAGCCUAUCACAAUACAAAACUGAAGCAGGAUGUUUUAAAAGAACUUGCAUCAAUUAUUUCCUCCAAUAGACCUGAAACAACAGUUGAUGAAGUUUUGGAAAAGUGGGAAGCCUUGUGUUCGAUAUAUGCUUCCAACUACAAGAAAGGAACAGCCAAAACAGUGAGGAAAUCUCACUACAAACAUUUCUUCUUGGAAAGAAUGGGGUUUAUGAGAUCCCAUUUGGGUCUUCCAAUAAAGAAUCCCGUGUUCAAGAAAAAUGGUAGUAAUGAGGAUACAACUGAUGAAGGGGUGACUGUAAAUAAUGGAAGGUUAUCCCAAAGCCAGGAAAGAUAUCCCUGUUUGGAACUUGCACGAAUAGAAACCAGCCACAGUGAUGUGGUCAGUGAUGAAGAGAGUAACUCUGUCAACGCAACAAACGGGGGAUCUAUUUCCGCUAUAUCAAUACAUUCUGAUAAUUCACCACUAGUGAACAGUUUACCUCCGCAAUUAAAUUCCAGUAGGAAAAGGCGAUAUUCCACAAUGUCAAUAACAAGCCAAGCUACUCUUAAUCAAGAUGUCUCGUGUGUAACAAUAGGCAGUCCUCUUGUGAACGUAAAUGACUCUAUUCUCGAUAGAACGGAGCCUUUUGACCAUGAAUACCAGACUUACAGAAAAUCCAAUGGCUCUUUUGCAAGUAAGGAGACGUAUUCACAAGAUGAAGAUGAAGACCAUUUCUACAUGAGGUACAUCCUGUGCAAGGUCAAAAAGCUAGAAGGGGCACAGAAGCUGAAUUUCAAACUUCAACUCGAGAGGCUGUUAUACGAGUGCACGAAAAAGUAGUAGUCAAACAGGUAAUAUUAGUAGAAUAAUGAAGCUCCUUGUUUUUCUUUCAUUGAUUUUCCUUCCUCUUCUCUCCCAGUUUAGCUGCUGAGAAUUUGAGUUGAUCCAUUUUAAGGUCAUGUACAUGACUUGGUCCAUAAAAUAUUUGUAUAUGUAUGUAUGCAUGAAUGAAAUGUUCAAUGUUAUUAACAUUGGUGUCUUUCAGCAUUUGUGCCAAUGUGUGCCAUUUUUUUACUGCAGAAACAUCAGAGUAUUCCAUUUGGUGUAUUAAAAUUGUAUUAUUGUUGCAUUUCUGUUAUUUUUGAGAAUUUGUAUAAUGUUUCCUUCAAUUUCUUUUUAUGGGACUUUUAAGAAUGGAUAAGGAGGUUACAAAACUUACUUUUUUCAUGUGAACCCAUUUAUUAUGUUUUUUUGUUUACAUGAUUAUGAUUUAUUCUGCUGAAAUCUUAUAAUAAUAAUAAUGAUAAUGAUCAUCAUCAAAUUGGGGAAGUAGAAACAAAUGUUUUUUAAUUGUACUUCUCUGAACUUUCAAAGAAAAUUUAAAUAUAUAAUAGAUUAUUUGUUAGUUCGAUACAUUGAAAAAUAUACCAUUUUCUAUAAGCUUUGGAAUAUUCAAUUUUUUGAUCUGUUAUCACCAUGAAGAUUAAAACCUAAUUCAUGGCUCCUGAAAACUAAAUUGAAGUAUUUAUUCUGUAAUGUAAUAAUACUCGGUGAUAGUGGAUAAAACGAUUUAUGGCACUGAAGAUAAAUGGGCAUUACUCAAUUGUAAAAUAAAAUAUGACCAUCUUCUGGCAUUGCCUCUCUUCCUCACUUGUGAACAUUAUAGUUCAAAGUGACGUCGAGAUAGUACAAAACAAAUGUCAUGUAAUAUUUGAAAUCUGUGAAUAUGUACCCUUAAAAAAUGUUAAUGUAUAUUAAUUUAAACCAAACAGUGAUAUUAAAAAGGAAUAGCUAGUUUUUUAUAUUAUUGGAUAAGUAAUACAUUGUAGACAUUGAGGAAGAAAAUAAAUAUUUUUAUCAUUUA